UUUACUUUUUACCUUUAUUAUAUCAUUUAAAAACAUUAAUUUAUUUCAAAUAAAAUCGAACAUGAUGGUUGAAGUUAAUGAACAGACCCUUUUUAUAGUGGAUGAAGUGAGUGAUAUUGUAAAGGACUCAAUUGAACAUUUAAUUGGAAGUGAAUUAUACCAACAAAAUAUGGUAAAUAAAUGGACAGAUUCUGUAGUUGAAAACUGCUUAACAAGAUUUUGUAAACUGGCCAAACCUUUUAAAUAUAUUA